GGAUUUUUUAACACCUCUAAAGAACCCUAAAAAUAAUUUUGAAUAAUAUAAAAGCCUACUAAGGACGUUAACAUCGUUUACUCAAAAAACGUUCUCAGUACAAUGUUGGGCUUAAUUUUAAUUUUUUGCGUUUUGUGUCUGGUGUUUCUGAACUUUAAGAAAAAUAGGAAUAAACAUGAACUUCCACCGGCUUUGGCUGAAUCUGUGCCUAUUAUAGGUCAUAUGCUUCUCAUAGUUAGGAACUGUACAACUCUUUUCACCAUGAUCACUUCUUGGGGCAAACAGGCUGAUGCGAAAGGAGGCGUCGCACAUUUUUAUUUUGGAAAAGAAUUGUAUUAUUUUAUAUCUGAUCCUCAAGAUGCAUUAACUGCUGCAAAUGGAUGUCCUAAGAAACAUUAUUCCUUUGAUCUAAUCAAAACAUGGCUAGGAGAUGGGCUAGUGACGGCGCCAGUCGACAUUUGGAAACGUCAUCGCAAGCUGCUCAGCCCUGCAUUCAGUCUGCCUGUAAUCCACGGAUUCCUAGGGAUAUUCAACAGUCAGUCCAGGAAACUUCUGGAAGCCAUAGAACCUAAUGCAGGGAAAGGUCUCUUCGAUCAACGGAAAUAUUUUAACAACAAUGCUUUGGAAACUCUUUGUCUUGGAGUGUUUGGAAUAAAUGCUAUUAACGACCCGAACGUUAUACAAAAGUAUAUGGAAGCAGUAGUUGAAAUGAUAAGACUGUGUUUUGCAAAGACAAUCAAGGUCUGGCUACAGGUAGAAAUAAUAUACAAGUUAGUGGGCCUCAGGAAGAAGGAAGACGAAUAUCUGGAUACAUUACACUCUAUGACAAACAAAGUUUUGCAAGAGAAAAGAGCUGCCAAAAAGGAUGAAGCUAACAAUAAUGCAAUUACUGAAAUUACUACUACUGGACUUAAAUACAAACCAUUCUUAGACCUAAUCAUGGACUUAUCACAAAAUGGAGAAUUGACUGAUAAAGAGAUAAGAGAAGAAACUGAUACAAUUGUAGUUACUGGAUCUGAGACUACGUCCAACCAGUUGACAUUCACCAUGUUACUGCUGGGAGCUCAUCCUGAAGUACAAGAGAAACUCUAUCAAGAAAUAAUAGAUGUACUGGGUAAAGACAGAGAUGUAGAAAAAGAGGAUUUGAACAAACUCGUCUACGCAAAUGCUGUUUUGACGGAGUGCCUCAGAUACCUUCCAACUGUACCUUGUUUAUUUAGAACUGUAGAGAAGGAUGUGAAACUAAAGAAUUACACAAUGCGUGCCGGCAGUUAUUGUCACACAUUCCCAUUGACUUACGAUGACUCAAAUUGGGGUCCAGAGAGUGAUAAGUUUAAGCCAGAACGAUGGCUCAAUGGAGAUGUUAAACCUAACCAAGAAUUUGCUGCAUUUGGAUUGGGCAGAAGAAGCUGUAUAGGAAAAGGAUACGCCAUGACAGUAAUGAAAGUAGUACUAGUCCACUUCGUACGUCGCUACCGAAUACAAGCAGACAUGAGCAAGUUGAAAGUCCAAUACGACUUCGUUUUGAAGCCAAUAUCAGGACACGAGAUCAGUAUUGAACGAAGAACGUAAAUAGAAUCUUCUAGAAGACUUGAUAGUCUAAUACAUGUACAUAUUUACGAGAA